CUGAUCAGCUGAGCGGGAGCGUAUAUAAAGUGCUGAGCUGAGACUUUCCGCUCAGCUGUUGUGUGAGCAUCAUUGUUUACCUGAGCACGAUUAAGGACUUGAAGUUUCCGGAGAAGUUUAAAAGUUUCCUCGAAAAGCCAUCGCAAGGAUGUCUUCAUUCAGUGUGGUCGAGUUUGUGGAUGAAGUGGACUCUGAUGGGUGCAAGAAGGUGGACAUCGUUCCAUCAGAGUGGUUCCAUGGCACAGAGAGAAAAUUAUGCUGGUGGCCUCCUGCCUCAUUGGUGAAUGUGACAAAGGCUGUAAAAGAAGGAACACCACCAGCCAGCAACUGGACACUCUGCAAUGUCCGUGUCAUGGGAAAUCCAGCAACUUAUGCAAAUGCCAAGGCAAAGUUGCAUCAAUCAGAGUAUUCAUCAGAACUGAUGGACAAUGACAACGGCAUGAGAAAAAGAAAGCCAAGUGUAAAACUGAUGCAGAGUCAACUGAGCAGCCACACUGAAUCAAGUGAGCCUUCUGAUUCAGAUGAAGAACUUCCACCCACCCCUCCAGAACAACUCCUUAAGCGACCCUCUGGAAAAAACAAUAGUGUAGUCGCCAGCCCUAGAUCCGCUGCUCGCAGUGCCACUAGAGCCGUUGCUGCCAGCCCCGCUGCCUGGAGUGCAGCUAGCCCUACUUGUGAAGCCAUGUUCUCAAAAGUCCUUGCCGUUUUAGAGGAAGUGAAGAAGACUCAACUGGUUCAUAGCAAGAUGUUAAAUGCCUUGCUGAAGCAGAAAAAUGGUUCAGUUGCGGAGGUACCUGAAAGGGUUGUUUUACCGCUCAAAACCCAAGACGAUGUUGAGGCUCUUAAUGGAAGACUGGAGGACUGCAGUCUCAUGUCUGAUGUAACUACCGCCAACAUUGAUAUAACUAUCACUAUGGUGGGUGCGUCCCACACCGUGGGGGUGAACCCACAGGACACAGUUGGCUCUCUGAAAAUAAAAAUCCAGAGCAUGCUGGGAGUCGACCCCCAGAGGCAGAGGCUGGUUUUCAUAAACGGCCAGAAGACCCCUCUCAACGAUGACUCCAAACCCAUUAGCUAUUACGGCUUACAGCACGGCUCCCAGGUGUCCCUGCUGGUCACCGAGCCUCCGCCUGCUCCGACCCAGGUGUUCCUCAGAAAUGAAAAGGGACAGCUGAGCACCUACGACAUCAGGCUCGACGAGACUGUGAGCAUCUUCAAGAACAGAGUCGAGAAAAGAGAGGGGGUGCCAGCGAGCCAGCAGAGGCUCAUUCACCAAGGCCGGGUGAUGCAGGGUGGCAAACUGGAGGACUACAACAUCAGAAACCACAGCACCAUCGACCUGACUUUACGUCUGGGAUGCAUGGGUACCACCAACAUGGAUAUAACUGUCAAUAUGGUGGGUGCGUCCCACACUGUGAGGGUGAACCCACAGGACACAGUUGGCUCUCUGAAAAUAAAAAUCCAGAGCAUGCUGGGAGUCGACCCCCAGAGGCAGAGGCUGGUUUUCAUAAACGGCCAGAGGACCCCUCUCAACGACGACUCCAAACCCAUCAGCUACUACGGCUUACAGCACGGCUCCCAGGUGUCCCUGCUGGUCACCGAGCCUCCUCCGCCUGCUCUGACCCAGGUGUUCCUCAGAAAUGAAAAGGGACAGCUGAGCACCUACAACAUCAGGCUCAACGAGACUGUGAGCAACUUCAAGAACAGAGUCGAGAAAAGAGAGGGGGUGCCAGCGAGCCAGCAGAGGCUCAUUCACCAAGGCCGGGAGAUGCAGGGUGGCAAACUGGAGGACUACUAUGUCAGACACCACAGCACCAUCGACUUGACUUUACGUCUGAGAGGCUAAGGACACUUUAACAUGAUUCAUACACCAGGAAAAAAAAUGUAUAUUAUAGAAUCUUAAAGUCUGACUAAUCUUGUAUGUAUUUUUUUUUUUUUUAAUCAUUGUUACUUUUAUUUGGAAGAAAAGAAAUUCCCACUAUGUGUUCUGUUAUCUGUUCGCAAAUAUGUGUUUUCUUGUGGCAUACAAAUCAACAUUUUAGGGAUUCGGACUGACAAAUAAAUGUUACCUGCACUGAUUACAGAGAAUAAAGUUUCUAAUAGAACUUUGUCUCUU